UCUGUAGUCCCUCCAGUGAGUUGUGUGUCUGUCCCGGGGUCUCAAUCCAGUUGGAUGUGCCCAAAACACUUCCAAAGCCAAGGGGAUCCUAAUCAGAUGUGUCUGUUGAUUCAAAGUAGUAUCGGAUGUGGAGAUGUGGAGGGGUGUUUGUGUGCGUGCAGCCGUGCAUAACCAGCUCGGCUAACGUGGAAGGAGAGGCAAGACGUCAUGGAUCAGAAGUGAACUGCAGUCAGAUGUCAGCAGGACACUUUUACCAUCAGCCAGCAUAUUGAACAGUACUGUUCGUGGUAGUAUUACAGUUAUAACAGUAGUGGUAGUGAUUAUAAUAAUAACAGAAAGUAUUAUUAACAGCAACAGCAGAUGGUUGAUUCUACAUGACUCUGUCUGAGAUGUCGUGGCGUUCGUCUUUCCGCUGCUCGAAGUUUCGCCACGUCUACGGGAAGCCGUCCACCAAGGAGCACAGCUACGACGGGGUGCCAAUCACACACAGCGUCCACGACAACCACUACUGCUCAGCCAAUCCCUGCUUCAUCGCCGUGGUGACCGAGUGCGCCGGUGGCGGGUCCUUUUUGGUGCUGCCCGUCCAUCAUACCGGCAGGGUGGACCCUCAGCACCCGAGGGUGUGCGGUCACAGUGGGAGGGUCCUGGAUGUGAAGUGGAACCCGUUCAACGAUCACUGCAUCGCCUCGUGCUCAGAAGACUGCACUGUGAAGAUCUGGGACAUCCCGGUAUGUGGAGUCCAACAGAACCUCACAAAGGCCAGGAAGACACUGAUUGGUCACUCCAGGAGGGUGGCACUCAUUGAGUGGCAUCCAACAGCAGAGAACCUGCUGCUGAGCUCCGCCUACGACUACAAGGUCCUCCUCUGGGAUGUGUCCCAAGUAGGUGCAGUGCUCAGAUGCCCUGUCAGGGUGGUCCUGAUGCCCAUCUACCACCGCUACCCGUCGGAUACACUGCUGCUGUCUGUCAGCUUCAACAAUGAUGGCAGCAGGCUGGCGGUCACAUCCAAAGACAGACGGGUUCGAGUUCUGGACCCGCGGACAGGAAAGAUUUUACAGGUGUCCAGCAGUAAGUCCCACAGGGCCAGUAAAGUUUUAUACAUCGGAGGGUUGAAGAUGCUUCUUUCUACUGGCAGCUCACCAUGGAACCACAGACAGAUCGUCCUCUGGGACCCUGACGAUUUAUCGGAGCCUCUGUAUGAAGAAGAUUUGGACGGGUCUGCAGGAGUUCUUUUUCCGUUCUACGACCCUGACACACACAUGCUCUACUUGGCUGGAAAGGGUGACGGGAACAUCCGGUACUACGAGUUGAGCACUGAGAAACCUUACAUCAACUUCCUGACGGAGCACAGGUCCCUGUUGCCACAGAAAGGACUCGGGGUGAUGCCAAAGCGUGGCCUGGAUGUGAACACCUGUGAAGUUUUCCGUUUUUAUCGUCUGAUUGCCAUCAAAGACCUGGUGGAACCACUGUCAAUGAUCGUACCUCGAAAAGAGUCAGGUAUUUUCCAAGAGGAUCUCUAUCCAAUGACGGCUGGAAACCAGGCAGCCAUGACGGCUCAGGAGUGGCUGUUGGGGAUAAACAGGGACCCUGUAUUGAUGUCUCUGAAGCCCGGUACUCGAGUAGCCAACCCUUACCCAGAGACCCCUGCUGAGAAGGGGUUAGUGAGGCAGCUGAGCUCCCUGAGGUUCCAGGCUGUUGGUGCAGUGACCAGGAGAGACCUGGACUUUAUGGAAGAGGCCUUCCUUGAGGAGCAGCUGGCCUACCAGGACGCCAAAUACCCCAGAGAGGUGAGUGAUCUGUCGGGGUGGCAGCCGGACGAGACCCAGAUCCCACUGUGGACGUACUGCUGCACCCCACACUGCUGCGAACCAGCAGAGAGACCACCACCUACGACAGAAAGCGAGGUGAGCUCCUGCAAGCAUUUUACAGACAGCAAGACGAGAUUAGAGGCCUGAGAGAACAACUCAACCACAAAGAUGUGCGGAUCACUCAGCUCGAGCUGGAGAUCAAAAACACCAGAAACAACAUGAGGGCGACCUUCUGAUCCAACCAGUCAGAUCUCACUCUGUUUUAACUCUGAAACAAUCAAAUGUCUCGACAGCACCAACCAAUAAAGCAAAGAUCAGUGACACCUGUAUGUUGUUUUGGAGUUUAUGUAAACACUCUUGGUUACCUACCAAGUGUUGUUAACUAACCCUGAAACCCCACCGGGCACGUCUCCAUCACGACAUGGCUGUGACCCAACGGAAGCGUUUCAGAAGCGUUUAUCCCACCAGAGUCAUAUUUUACUAGUUCAUGUUCUUCUAAAUAUGCUACAUUUGAUUUUCUUUUGUCUGUAUUUACAACCGGCAGUUUGCACGGGGUGUUUUAUUUUGAAAAUCCACCAGAUUCUCUUUGCUGCUUCGGUGUCUGGCUUCCUGUCAGCUUGAGGUGCUCCGUUAAAUAGGUGAAUUAAAUGGGUUGUCACAAACUCCGGAAAAUUUUGGCAACCAGCUCCUCAAAAUUGUACCCAAGUGCAGUUAGUUACCUUUCACGUUAGUAAUUAGUUCAGUUCCGUCAACACUGGAAACGUAAUUUAUCACGGAGACAAAAGGCGAGAGAGGAGACGCCAGGAGCAAAAUGUUAAGAUUUUAUUUACAAAGUCCUUUUUGUGUGUCUUUUUUUUUUGUUUUGUUUUUCCUUUAACUUACAGAAAGUAAAAAAAAAAAUAAAAGGAAACACAACCUCGACUAGUCAGUGUAAUGUGAAGGAUCAACUGGAUCUCUCUAUGGAGCAGGAAGAGAAAUGAAAAGAGGCAGAAAGAGAGAGAGAGAGAGAGAAAGAGAGAGAGCAUGUCCCCAGACAACCAUACAAAAUUAAACAAAAACAAUUUCUCUGAAAAAAUAUUUUUUUUAAAAAAAAAAAGCUCUGUUGGCAAAAAAGAGAGAACACAGUUUGCCCUGAGCGCGCUCGGCCUCGAGGGGGGAAAGGUUGGUGGGUAGGUUUGACUGUCCGUCGAUGACAUCACAGAGCCUGUUUGGGAGUGUGAUGAUGACAUCAUAGCUGCUGGUUCAGUCCCAGAGUGGCGGGGUGGGAGCGGGGCGUUGGGGAAGAAAGGAAUGAUGGGAAUUUUUUUUUUUUUUUUGCAAUAAUCCUGAAAAUGGCGUCGCCUCCCACGAGGCUCCCGUUGAGUCUCCUUCCACAGACACGACCUAAAUUUAGGCGUUCCCUCAAAAUGUACGCGUCGUCUUUGUGAGUUCAUGAAAUAAUUGUUACGUGGUUGUUCAAAAAUAUUGCAAAAAAAAAAAAAAAAAAAAAGCAAAUUUAGUUGAUAUGACCAGUUUUUCGUCUUGGUGGAGAAAAAUUUUGUUUGCAAAAUAAGUCAUCUGGAGGAAGUCGAAGUUAAUUCGAGUUCCUUCAGAAAACAAAACGGACUUGUGUAAAAUCUUUAAGCGCCUCGUGUCCGGCGAUGCAUUUACUGCUGCUUAACGGAGUCUGUCACAAGUUUUAUUUUUUCCUGAGACAUAAAACUUCUCUUGGAUUUCCCAAUAUCCUGAAUAUUCUAACACCAAAAUCAACUCAGUCAAAGUGGAUUCUGUGAAAUUAAAUGUUGGAGGCACUUCUUGCUGUUUAACGUCCCUCCGUGUUUUCUAUUCAGUGAGCGACGAGGUGAUCGACCCGCCGAUUCAUUGACUGACAGAUUGACAGAGCAGUAAAUGUAGUAAAUGAAUCAUUUACAGCACAAAAAUCUGAAACAUUUUCUGCUCCAGCUUCUAAAACGUGAGGAUUUCUGCUGUUUUUACGAUUGAGGAUGUCAGCGUCUGCUCUGAGGAAUCAUUUUAAGUUUCCUGGCUUGAGAAAAUAAAAA